AUGCCUCAAGUGCGGCUGAACACUCUCUGCUCUAAAAUGAGAGCGGGGUUGCCAAAGUUGGGAGAUAUCUUCACAUGGCAACUUUUAAAAACUUUGCUGAUGGGACAAAUCCUCUCAGUGCUGAUUUGUGGAACUGCUGUAACAUCUCAAUAUCUGGCUUCUGUUUACUAUCUGAAUACACCCAUGCUUCAGAGCUUUAUACAUUACACCCUCCUUUGCAUCACAUAUACCACGGCAUUGAUCUUCAGAAAUGGUUAUGGCAAUAUUUUGCAGAUAUUAAAGACUAAAUGGUGGAAAUAUGUAUUAUUGGGACUUACAGAUGUGGAGGCAAAUUAUGCAGUAGUGAAAGCAUACCAGUACACCACAUUAACCAGCAUACAGCUUCUGGACUGUUUUGUUAUCCCAGUUCUCAUGAUCCUGUCCUGGUUUUUCUUGAAAACCUGCUAUAGGAUCACUCACUUUGUAUCUGUGUGUAUAUGUCUGGCUGGGGUAGGAGCCAUGGUGGGGGCAGACAUCCUUGCGGGUCAGGACCAGGGAUCUACAAGUAACAUUCUCCUUGGGGAUGGUCUGGUUCUCAUCAGUGCUACUCUUUACGCCAUUUCGAAUGUGUGCCAGGAGUACACAGUGAAGAAUUUGAGCCGGGUUGAAUUUCUGGGCAUGAUUGGGCUCUUCGGAACGGUCAUCAGUGGAAUUCAACUAGGCAUUAUUGAACACAGCGAAGUGUCCAAAAUUCAAUGGAAGUGGGAAAUCGCUCUUCUCUUGGCUGGAUAUGCACUGUGCAUGUAUGGCUUUUAUAGCAUGAUGCCCAUAGUGGUAAAGAUGACCAGCGCCACAGCAGUCAACCUUUCCCUGCUCACCGGAGACCUCUUCAGCCUGUUUUGUGGACUCUUUCUGUUUCAUUACUCUUUUUCAGGACUAUAUAUUGUGUCACUGGUGGUGAUCCUGAUAGGUUUCAUCAUGUUUAAUUCUGUUCCCACACUGAUGCCGCCUCUUGCCCCAACAUCUGAUGAGGAAGGUUCUGACAAUCAAACUACUGAAUCUGAUGAUGAGAAUACUCAGAGGUGUGUGGAGAUGACGACAUGUGCGCGUGUGGAUCUAGAGAGAGAUCAAGUCAAGAACCGGCUUAAUAAAAGACAACUAGACAACAGUGUUGUCAUAAACAGUGCUAAACUGUAGCGU